AUGAUACAAGUUGCAAAAAUAAUAGGAACAGGUUUAGCUACAACAGGGUUAAUAGGAGCAGGAGUAGGAAUAGGUGUAGUUUUCGGAGCUUUAAUUUUAGGUGUAGCAAGAAACCCUUCUAUGAGAGGUCAAUUAUUCUCAUAUGCUAUACUAGGAUUUGCUUUUUCUGAAGCUACAGGUUUAUUCGCUUUAAUGAUGGCUUUCUUAUUACUUUACGUAGCUUAA